UCUAUGGACUUUGACCUGGUCAUUUUUCUACCAGCUAACCAGCUGUGUUAUGCUAACCCAACAUUUCAGCACAGUUUAAAGUUGCCUGAGAGCCUCUUGCAAAACCGUCCGUGGCUCAUAUCGAAAGUUAGCGCCCCUUCUCUGUUUGGAGAGAGUUUGGGAACAGACUGGGAGUAAUGGAGGUCAGUUUCACUGAGGGGGAGUUUUACCAGGAGCAUUUUGACUCCAGAGCUUACAUCGAUAACUUCUAUUCCAGACCAGAGGGACAUUCAGGCGAGAAGCGUCUUCUUACUUUCGUUUUAGACUGUCUCAGCAAGACUUUCUCAGCAGGCAGAUAUAAAGGCCAGACCCUCAUUGACGUGGGCAGUGGACCAACUAUCCACAGCGUCCUCAGCGCCUGUGAGCAUUUCCAGGAGAUCGUCCUGUCAGAUUUUGCAGACGCUAAUCGACAGGAACUAGAGAAAUGGCUAAGGAAUGAGGAAGCGUGUUUCAACUGGAAGCCCGUUAUCCAGUAUGUCUGCAACAAGGAGAAAAAAAGCCCGUCUGAGGUGGAAGCUAAAGUGAGGCAGAGGGUGAAACAGGUGCUGAAAUGUGAUGUCCGGUUGGAAAAUCCUUUCCACCCUCAAACCUUGAAGCCUGCAGACUGCAUGAUAACAUGCCUGUGUCUUGAGGCGGCCUGCAAAGACAUGCUGGCGUACAAGAAGGCACUAGCCAAUUUAUCCACACUGCUGCGGCCUGCUGGAGUUCUGGUCAUGGUGGGUGUUUUAGAAGAGAGUUUCUACUGUGUUAACCAAACACGCUUCUCCUGUCUCCAGCUCAGCCAGGAGAGUAUUGAAGCUGAGCUCCACAACCUGGGUUUUACCAUCCAGGAGCUCAACAUCUUUCCAUCACCCGAACCGGAGAACAACGUUAUAUCUGAUCACAAGGCUGUUUUUCAUCUUGUAGCUUUGAAAUCUGACAAGAUAUGACAAGCUAUUGAGCUCAGCGUGUUAACUCCACAAUAUUCAAUGGCAAUGGAAGACAGUGUACUGUGUGAAAUUUUAACGUGUGUCCAAAAUUUCAGAAAAGAAUAGACCGAAGGUCUCCAAAAUGCAUGUGCAUGCUAGACAUAACAGUGAUAUUUCUCAGCAGACUAACAGCGCUAAGUCAAGAAGUGAGAAGACUUAUCAAAUAGCAAUCCAUCGAAAAAACACUGGUCACCAGUUCUGCUCUUGGAGAUUUGCUUUCCUGAAGAAUUCACUUUCAGCCCUGAUCCAGAUAACUAGUCCACUUCAUUAGUGGGGACAUCUGUGUUAGAUUUGGGCCGGAGCUGAAUUCUGCAGGAAGGCAGAUCAUCAGGAGCAGGGCCGGUGACCACUGAUCUAAAAUGACAUGGAAGUAAACAAGCAGCAUUAUUCCUGUAUUGCAGGGUAAGUAAACUGUGGCUGUCAGAAAAAAAAAUUAUAGCUCCAAAAUGUUAACUUUACAGAAGAAGAAAAACCUUCCUAACUUAUAAUGGAAGUUAAUGCAACAAGAUUUUUUAAAGUCAUUUCAGACCAUUUCUGUUGAUCAGUCAUUGUGCGAUUCCAACAAAAUUCAACUGUAACUUGGAGAAGGUAACUGGAGUUUUCAAAUCUUGCAAAAAAGUGAAACAUGACAAAAAUGAAGAUACAAGUUUUUUUGUAUAUGGUUCUACAUAGAACCUUUUUGAAAGUGGUUCUGUG